UGAGACGCUGAGGCAAUUCCGUUUCCUAGUGACGCGGUGGGAGUGUUGCAGAUUUUACAUUUAUUAUAUGUAGCGUUGUUUUUGUUUUAUUGCCGUGGUUGUUUGCUGCGUUUUCUCGAGCAUUAUGUAGACUCCGAGUCACACUUGAUUAUACACCGUAGCCCAGUGAGUCACAUUCAGUUCCAGACAAGAUGGAGGAAGGGGGGGAGCAUCCCGAAACGCUUUCAGCAGAAGAUUAUGCCGCAGAGGCAAUGGCGGCCGAUCUCGAUCCUUGGAUUAUAUUUGACGCCCGCAAAACCCCCAGAGCCGAGUUCCCCAGCUGGUUGGAGUCCAAUCGUCCAUCACAGGUGAGCCGUUACGGGGACGACGUCUCGGGUCCCGUGGGAUUUAUUGCCAUGUACGGCACAACCUACUGCCCGAGCAACGGCGACGUUGCGGGCCUGCAGGAGAGCUGGGAAAGACUCCUCUCCAGCAGCAGAGCCGUCACUUACCAGACCAUAAAAGAGCUGGCUCUGAACCACAACGUGCUUACCGGGAAAUGGCUGAUGCACUUAGACACGGGUUUCAAAGUGGACCACGCAUGGGAGUGCGUCGCAAGAGCCAUCCUGGACGGGAAGAUCUCCGUGGCCAAAGUGAGCCCACGCGAGCACGGCUCGGACGGCCAGCACGUCAUCUGCGUCUACAACAAGAACUUCACCGACGAGGAACAGGUGAUGCAGCUGGACGCGGCCAUCCGGGCGACUGGCGUCAAGUGUCCCUUGUUUUACAAGCCAGAUGUCUACACGUACCUCGGGAUUUACAGAAAUAACCGAUGGAAGCUGUGUCCCACGAUUUACGAGAGCAAGUUCGACCUGGAGUGCGUGCCUCGGCGCUCGCAUAUCGUCAAUAAGGUCACCAACUUGGAGGUCACAUAAGAGACGGGAUGACAAUCCCUGCAUGGUGGACUCUUCUGAGAAUACUAAAAUAGAGCUUUUUUUUGGUUGUUUUGUUUCCUUGAACAUACUGAUUUAUGAGCCUAAUCUUUUUCUCAUUCGCCUAAAAUAGUUCUCUAUUGAUGAUUUCUUAACUUUAAAACUUUUUGAGGCUUUUCUUUAAAAGCCCAUUUUAGAAGAGAUUGUGCCUACUAAAACUUACACACAUCUUCAUCUUGGUUUGUCGCAGUGCUAGUUAGACCCUUAAUCAUGCGUGUCGAAUUUUUAAAAAGGUUAUGUUUAAUAAAUGUGUGUACGUGUAAAA